UUGAACUAAUACAUUAAAAUUAUUAAUUUAGACAAAGGAAAUGAACGUAUUUGAACCGAACGAUUGGAAUCAGAUUUUCAAAAUUGUCUGACCUCUGGAACCAACACAAGAUUACAUUAAUCAACAAGGGGAUCAGGAAGGAGCUACACUCUUCCAUCCUGCUUUCUGGACUAUCCUAGGCCUUUUCAUUCUAUUUGGCAUCUUGAGUGCUCUGAACGAGAAGUUAUUUAACCCAUGCGAAAUUAGGAGUAAAAAAGACAGCUUCAGGAUAUCCGGCUCGGACCCAUUUUAUUCAGUUUCUGAUGAAGACGCUUCUGAGUACAAUCAAAUCUUCAACAAAGAUGACCCAUUGAUUAAGGAAACUUUUAGUAAUACUCAGAAGAAUAUCUAUGUUGGGAUCGACAACUCCUUCAACCCGAAGGAGGACUCAGAGAUCCUUUCAGAGAAAAAUAGUAAUUUUGAAAAACUAAGUUUUCAAUAUCUUCGAGAAGAAGAAAUUAAGAAGCCUAAACUUGUUAGAGGAGGAGAAAUUAAGAAGUCUCUUACUCAUAAUAUCUACAGGAAAAAGGAUUUUUUGACUGUUAUGAGGUGAUAUAAUAGCCAGACAGAGCCCUCGACAGCUUGAGAGCUCAGCCCACAUAACAAGCUUGCUCGGAAGAGAGUGCGGUUUUGAUAA